GCGGGCUCUCUGUCGUCGACCAUCCGCGCUGCACCGCUGCGACCCUCACCAUCGCUGCCGCCACAGCCCCUGCCGCGUUCGCUACCGCGCCAGCCACCAUCACUGCUACAAUCCUCCCAAUCGCUUUUCGCUCCCCUGCACCGUCUCACCGGCAUUCCCAAGGCUUGUAACAUCGCCGUUGCUCCCAACAUUCCCACGUUGAAAGCGGCGCACGGCGGUUUGGCAGCUGGCAUAAGGCAGCAGAUUAGGACGCUCACCCUAACAUGCCUUCGGGGCCGUGCGGUAACGAAUCCCAGACUGCCUGCCGGUCCUCUUCUGCCACGUGGCAGCGGCUCAUUGGCUGCCCCUGCCUUGUGGAAGGGGCUUUCUCUUGGCGUGCAAUGUGCAGCAGUGGCUUCCCUGCUGCCCUCCAAGGCUUCUUCUUGCACUGACGCUCCUCAAACCCCACCGCCUCUCAGAGACAGCAACGACGGCGACGAUGACACCUCACUGCUCGCCCUGCUGCGCGUGCUCGUGGCGCAGGUGUGGCCGCUGCUGGUGCUGCUGGCGUCCCUCUUUGCGCUGCACGACGAGCCCUCCAUGGCGGCCGCCAACCUCGCUGUGCUGUGCUGGGGGCUGCGGCCUGACGAGGACAGCCUGCACCACUGGCUGGAACAGAAGAGAAGCGAGGACCUCAAGGAUAAGAACGGCCUCGACUGGGCCACAUCGCACGUGAUGGGGGCUGUGGUGAAGGUGGAGUACACCGACUGCUGGUUCUUCUCCCUCGCUAAAGUGUCAUCCAUUACAAGCAGCUAUACUGUACUCGGCAUCUUCAACAACUGGUUCACUGUAUCCACCACCAAGCAAUCCCUGCAGUUCCCAGGCAUUCGAGACCGAGACUCUGAUUAG